UCGGAGGAGGCGGAGGGGGUGGGAGACGCAGUUAAGACGCGCGGCACUGCGGGUGCUUGGCAGGGCCCCGCGCUUUGUCCGAGUCUGCCGCCGGACUGCACCCGCCUGGGGAGCGCCCUGUGCCAGUUCGGUUCCCCCAUACCGACUCUGGGCGCUGGCUCGCCCGAGCGGGGAGUGAGCGGCGACUGACCCGCGCAGCCUUUAUGUAUCCUCCUCUUGUUUUGUUCCUGUGUUUCUCGUGUUUAUCGUGAUCCCUCUUCGGAAGGAGGAUGUUGAGGCCAUUCGGUAUUUAGCAUCGAGAUGACUCAGGAGACAAACCAGACCCCAGGGCCUAUGCUGUGUAGUACAGGAUGUGGAUUUUAUGGAAAUCCUAGGACAAAUGGGAUGUGUUCAGUUUGCUACAAAGAACAUCUUCAGCGACAGCAGAAUAGUGGUAGAAUCAGCCCAAUGGGAACAACCAGUGGUUCAAACAGUCCUACCUCAGACUCUGCAUCUGUACAGAGAGCAGACACUAGCUUAAACAACUGUGAAGGUGCUGCUGGCAGCACAUCUGAAAAAACAAGAAACGUGCCUGUUGCCUCUUUGCCUGUAACACAGCAAAUGACAGAAAUGAGCAUUUCAAGAGAGGAAGAAUUAACACCGAAAACACUGACCGAGCCAGUUGUUACUCAACCAAGCCCAUCAGUUUCUCAGCCUAGUACUUCAGAGAGUGAGGAGAGAGCUACUGAACUGCCAAAACCAAAGAAGAACAGAUGUUUCAUGUGCAGGAAGAAGGUUGGCCUUACCGGAUUUGACUGCCGAUGUGGAAACCUAUUUUGUGGACUUCACCGUUAUUCUGACAAGCAUAACUGCCCAUAUGAUUACAAAGCAGAAGCUGCAGCAAAAAUAAGAAAAGAGAAUCCAGUUGUGGUGGCUGAAAAAAUUCAGAGAAUAUAAAUUAAUGUGCUUGUGAAAAGA